UUUAACACUCGGGGUAUUUCGUUCGGCGAGAGCUGAAAAAGAACACAUACAAAUAAUGAAGCGGAGAAGUAGACGAUUCUCUGUGGCAUUUCGUCGAACAUUUUAUGUACAAGAUAAAGAACCACCCUCUGCUCUCCAUUGCUAUCCCAUUAAACCUCGGAAUACGCCUCCCAAUCUCUUCAUCGGCAAUGACCGCCGGUACGGUAACGUUUUCUUCGAUGAGAAUUACAAUCUUGUCCCUGAAUUUUCUUCUUGGAAUCGUCUCUUGCAUCAUUUCAAUUCCUCCGGCCUGGUUGAUCAGAAAACCAGUGAUAGAAGUAAUGAAAGCUCGUCUUGAACGGGCAAAAAUGUUAAGAGAGUAUCAUGGCACUAUUUUCCCAUAUUCAGAGUUCAAGGGUUCCCAAGUGGCGCGUUCCUAGAGGCAAAUCGAAGGAAGAGCAAAAGAAAGGUUGGGUGCUGGUGCGGCGUGACCAUCCGUUCUCGAAUAGGUGGGGCCUACGCUCUAGAUCCUCCCUGCUUGCAGAAACGUGUGGUCGUUUUUGAAGUUAGCACUCUCUGGUUUUCUCUCUUGUUUCCUUGAUUUUUCAAUGUCCCAAACCGAUGAUAAUUUCACAAGUUAUUUUGGGGAGGUUCCACCAAUUCUUGACUAUUUUGACUGCCAAACCUACCCAAAAAAUUCGCAGAAAUCGUCUAUACUCAGCAGCCACAGGCAAUUCAAUGAACACUAUCAAUCACAUCAUCACAAUAAUCAAUUGCCAACAGAUCAGUUUGUGAUGAAUCGACCUGAUGUGUCUCCAAUCUCGAGGCAUGUGUUUGUUGAUGCAAGUACCAACGGCUUAAAUUACGUGAUUGACUAUUCACGUUGUAUAGUGCCAAGGCUGCAUCAAUCAUCUUAUCAUUCAGGAAGAGAAGUUGUUGAGCAAGAACAUAGACAGAGCAGGAUAGAUUAUCCUCAACCUCAGGUGAUCAGGCCUGCUCCAUAUACGCUAUAUGAUCCAAGAUAUGCUGACAUUGGUCUACCGGUGGAUCCUUAUUUACGUGCAAUGAAGCUGAAUCCACACUUUUCAAUGCAAAAAGCGACAAGUGAGGAAAGUUCAACCACUAAAAGAAAACGGACUGACUAUGCAUGUAACAGAGUGCCGAGGCUGCAUCAAUCAUCUUCUCAUUCUGGAAGAGAAGUUGUUGAGCCAGAACAUAGACAGAGCAGGAUAGAUUAUCCUCAGGCGAUCAGUCCUCCAUUUGAGCCAUACGAUCCAAGGUAUGCUGCCAUGGGUCUACCCAUGGAUCCUUACUUGCGUGCAUUCAAGCUGAACCCCAACUUAGGCCUUGCCAAGCCCAACGAGUGAUGAAAAAGAGUUAGAUCACCAGGGAAUUCAAUGGCUAGUAGCAGAGGUGGAAAAUACUAGUUUACUAUGGAACAUUCUUAUUUGUCUUUUAUUUUUUUUCUCGUCUUUAGUUAUGGAUCUUCCUUUUAUCUUUUACCCCUUUCAAUUCCAUAAACAGAAAAAAAACGUCUGAACGUUUUCAUGGAAGUUUAGGUUUUGCGGUUUUGCUGUCAAAUUCAAGCUAUGAGUAGACUACAUUUCUUUAUUCAAUUCUUAAGUUUAAUGCAAAACCAUGUUUCUUAUUCAA